GCUAGGUAGGUUAUGCCUCUUCGAACUUAUCAGCUGCAUAGGGGUCCUCGACUUCCUGCUGCUGCUCCAGCUGCUGCUGCUGCCCCUGCUUUUCUUUGCUCUCUUCCUCCUUGGUCUCUUCGGGCACCUGCUCCUCUGCCUCUGGCGUCUCCUCAUUGCUUGCUUCAUCUGUGACCGCCGUUUCUUCUUCCUUGGUGACGUCGAUGACCUCCUCUCUGACCUCUUCCUUGACCUCCUCUUUCACCUCAGUCAUCUCCUCUUUCACCUCAGUCACCUCCUCUUUCACCUCAGUCACCUCUGUCACCUCUGGCGGCUCCUCCUCGUUGAUCUCAGCCUCCAGCACGUCUGAACAGCAGACGAGAAAUGUGUGUCUUCUCCCCUCCCGAGAGCCAUGACAUGUCUCCCUCCCUCCCUCCCUCCCUUGGUACCCGCGACUUUGGUGUCGUCGAUUUGUUCCUCCGACACCUUCGCCGCCUCCUCGUCCUUGACUGCGGCCAGGAGGACCUCUUCGGUUUUCUUCUUUGGCAUGCGAUUGGCCUCGUCGACCGCCUCCUGCAGAUCGCUCUCACUUGCCCCCUCGCCAACAGCCACGGGAGUAGCGUGGGGGUCGCCGCGAUGCACCACUUUGGCUUUCGCGUCGAGGGACUCGUCAGGUGGUUCCUGAGGAGGGGCAGGGGGCGCCUUACGUGCUGGCCCGCCGCCGGCCACCCACCUGCAAUGAAAGGGGCAUUAGCCCUGUACUGUCUUCAUGUCUCUUGAGUGCGUGUGUGUGGUGCCCCAUACCCUCUCUUCUGCGUCUCUUCAUCUUUCUGUGUCCAGUUGAGCUUCUCUGCCUUCUGAGGCGUCCUGGCGGUCGCCCGCAGGCCCUCCUUCUGUGUGGCCUUGAGAGAGCUGCCUGACGGUGGUGGUGGUGCUUUGCCCCUGCCUGCGGCGGCCUUGGGCUUCUGUGCCGUCAUCUUUUGUUUGGCUGCAGGUGCCCCACGUGUUCCCCCUUUGGCCGUGUCGAGGAGGGACCCAGGCUGAGGAGGGGCAUGGACACCUGCGUAGUAGAAAACACUCGCCCGUGGCUGAUGUCGCACCGUAGGCAGCAACUUCACACACACAAAAGACAGGCAGCCAGAACGCGUAGGUCUGGGUAUGUGGGACCACAUGAGAGUCGUUCCAUUUGCCGACCCCGCUUCCUACCGUCCCAUCCUUGGCUGUCUCGCUCACGGAGCUGCUCCUUCGUCUCGCCUCCUCCACCUCCUCCUCACCAGCAUCUUCAGCCAUCCCUCUUGUCAUGGCCUCAUCAGCACUCGCAGGCUGCGGGCGACCCAGAGCAUGGGACCUCCUCGAUUGCACCAGGGGCGGCAGCUUGCCCAGCCGCUGUUUGCCGUGCAUCUUCAUGAGCAUGUCCCUGUACUUGCGCGACAUCUGGUAGUCCUUCUCAAGGCCCCUGAUGUCGAAUGUGGGUUUGCUGCCGACGAUGCGGCGCACAAGGGCCUCGUUCUCAGCGUUGAUGGCCGCCUGCUUCUUCCGUCGGUAGCCUUCGUGCAAAGUGCGGAGCGACUCCAGCUUGGAUGCCGUCAUGGGCGACACGGGGGGCGGGAGGGAGGGGGGAGGGGGACUGUCGCCCUCCCGCUGGCCCUCCGGCGGGUUCGUGUCACUGGCAGGCGGCGGGGAGCCGGCCGUGCUGUCGGUUGUCGGCGAGGCACGACCUUUGCGGAGGGUCAUCUGCUUGGAGUGUGACUGUCGGCUGAUCUCGAAUAGCCUCUCCACCAGCUUGCGAUUCUCCUUGUUGAUCUCGGCUUGUCUGCAGUGCUCACGAAAGGCCCUCGCCCGCCCCGCCACCUCAUGCAGGCCGAUUUCCAGUGUUUUGGGGCACGUGUUGUCGACAGAGGGACGGAUGGCGCCGAGGGCCUCCCUGUGCUUGUAGUACCGCCUGGUCCAGUCAAUUCUGCUGCACACACUGACAUCGGGAUCCAUAUUCGCAAUCAGGCUGGCAUUCAUCGCCAUUGGAAAGAACUGGGAAGAGGGCCUCGCGCAAUGCUCUCCAGGCCUACCUGCAUAGGAACACAAAGUGGGCAGUCAACAGACACAUUCAGCCUGUUGCGCGCUCGAUUGGGGCCUCUUUCUACCGUGCCGAAAUUGCGGCAAGACCCGACUCAAUCCGUGGAGAAGGCACAGAGCACGCAGCGGAGGCUGACGGGACGAGAGGAGAGGGGAGGAGAAACAGAGAAC